ACAGGGAGGUGACAGGAGGUGACAGGGGGUGACAUUGCCCCCCCACCCAGGAGCCAUCCGGUCCCCCGCGCCCCCCCCCCGGCGGAGCCGCCCCGGCCCGGCGCGCUGAGGCGCCGGCGCAGCCCCGCCAUGAGCAGCAAGGAGCCCGCGGAGCUGCCCGAGAGGCCCCCCCUGAAGGUGUUCCUGCCGCGGCAGCUGGUGGAGAGUCUGCCCAAGUGCCCCGUGCUGCCGGCGGAGCGCCUGCGCUGGAACACCAACGAGGAGAUCGCCUCCUACCUCAUCACCUUCGAGAAGCACGAGGAGUGGCUGUGCUGCGCGCCCCGCACCAGGCCCCCCAACGGCUCCCUGCUGCUCUACAACCGCAAGAAGGUGAAGUACCGCAAGGACGGCUACUGCUGGAAGAAGCGCCGCGACGGCAAGACCACGCGCGAGGACCACAUGAAGCUCAAGGUGCAGGGCGUGGAGUGCCUCUACGGCUGCUACGUGCACUCCUCCAUCGUCCCCACCUUCCACCGCCGCUGCUACUGGCUGCUGCAGAACCCGGACAUCGUGCUGGUGCACUACCUGAACGUGCCGGCGGCGGAGGAGGGGGGCAAGGCCUGCGCCCCCCCGCUCUGCGCCCCCGGCCCCGAGCGCCGCGAGUGGCUGCGCUGGUCCCAGGAGGAGCUCGUCGCCCAGCUCCGCCCCAUGUUCCACGGGGUGAAGUGGGCGUGCGGCCCCGGCGGCGGCGUCUCGCUGGAGCAGGCGGUGCGGCAGGCGCUGGAGAGCCAGCGGGCCCGGCCCGCGCCCCGCACCCACGCCUGCCUCUGCCCCGGCGCCCCCGGGCACAGCUGCAGCAGCACCAAACACCGCAUCAUCUCGCCCAAAACGGAGGCCUGCGCCAAGCCGGGGGGGCCCAAGGCGCCGUCGUCGCCCGACACCACGCAGCCCUCGCCCGGGGGGGGGGCACCCCCCCCGCCCCCGCCGCCGCCCCCCCCCGGCGCCCCCGCCGUGGCCCUGGGGCUGCCGCUGCUGCUGGUGGCCCCCCCCCCGCCGCCGCCGCCGCCCCCCCCGCCGCCCCCCCCCAAGCCGCUGGGGCUGACGCCCAGCCAGCACCUGGUGGCGGGGGAGGCCGGCGGCGGGGGGGGCGCGGCGGCGGUGGCGGUGGCGGUGGCGGUGGCCCCCCCCGGUGCGGCGGUGCCGGAGCCGGAGCCGGAGCCGGGGGGGGCCUCGGCCUUCGACCCCGACCGCUUCCUCAACAGCCCGCGGCGGGGGCAGACGUACGGGCGCGAGGGGGGGGGCGGGGGGGGGCCACCCGCCCCCCGGCCCCCCCCCGCCGCCGAGGCCGCCGGCCCCCCCCCGGCCAAGGCGCUGCCGCUCGACGGCCUCCUCGCAGAGCUGCUGGCGGAGGGCGGGGGCUGCGCGCGCCCCCCCCGCGCCCCCCCCGGCGGCCCCCCCCCGGCGGCGGCGGCGCCCCCCCCGCGCGGCCCCCCCCCCGCCGCCGCCACCGCCACCCCCGGCGGCCCCGCCGAGCCCCCCGCGCUCGUGGCCAUCACCGACUUCUCCCCGGAGUGGUCCUACCCCGAGGGCGGCGUCAAGGUGCUGAUCACGGGGCCCUGGGCCGAGGGCGCCGGCGCCUACAGCUGCCUCUUCGACCGCCUCGCGGUGCCGGCGGCCCUGGUGCAGCCCGGCGUGCUGCGCUGCUACUGCCCGCCGCACGAGGCCGGCCCUGCUGCCCUGCGCGUGGCCGUUGCCGCCCGGCUGCUCUCGGCGCCGGCGCCCUUCGAGUACCGGCCCCGCGCCCCCCCGCCGCCCGGCGCCCCCCUCGACUGGCUCUCGCUCGACGACAACCAGUUCCGGAUGUCGAUCCUGGAGCGCCUGGAGCAGAUGGAGAAGCGCCUGGCCGAGAUGGCGGCCGGGGCCCAGGGGCCGCGGGGGGGCCCCGGCGACCCCCCCCCGGGGCAGGGGCCGGGGCCGGGGCCGGGCGACGCCUUCGAGCGGCGGGUGGUGGCCGUGUGCGAGGCGCUGAUGGCGCGGGGGGGCCGCCCGGGCCCCGUUGCUGUCCCCGGCCCCGCUGUUGUCCCCGGCCCCGCUGUUGUCCCCGGCCCCGCGGCCGCCCGCCGCGGCCUGACGCUGCUGCACCUGGCGGCUGCCCAGGGCUACGCCGGCCUCGUCGACACCCUGCGCCGCUGGAGGGCGCUGGCGGCCGAGAGCCCGGACCUGGAGCGGGAGGUCGACCCGCUCGGCGUGGACCACUUCCGCUGCACGCCCCUGAUGUGGGCCUGCGCCCUGGGGCAGCGGGAGGCGGCGGUGCGGCUGGCGCGCUGGGAGCGGCGGGCGCUGGCGGUGCCGGACGCCCUGGGCCGCCUGCCGCUGAGCCUCGCCCGCGCCCGCGGCCACCGGGGCCUGGCCGCCCGCCUGGAGCGGCUGCAGCGCCGCCGCCGGCCCCCCCGCCGCCCCCCCCGCCUGCCCUCCCCGCUCGCCCCCAGCCCCGACACAGGGCUCAGCACCGCCAGCAGCGUCUCGUCGCCCUCGGAGCUGUCGGACAUCCGGCUGCGGCUGCGGAUCCAGCUGCGGCUGCGGCUGCGGCUGCGGCUGCGUUCGGCGCAGCUCGGCCUGCUCCAGCGCCUCGGCCGCCCGCCCCUCGCCGGCCCCCAGCCCCGAGAGCCCCAUGGAGCUGGGGGGGCCGCCCAGCCCCGCCCUCGCCGACGGCGCGCAGGUGGACGUGGCGGCGCUGGCGCGGCAGGUCCUCGAGGCGACGCCGGAGCGCAUCAAGCACGAGGCGGCGGCGGCCCCGGCGCCGGGGGGGAGCGGGAGCGGGAGCGCCCGGCCCCGGGGGGGCUCGGCGCCGCCAUGGCCUGGCUGGCCCCCUACCUGGAGGGGGCCGACCGCCCGCCCGGGGCCCCCCAGCGCAGCCCCCCGGAGACCCCCGGCUGGGCCGAGUUCCUGCGGGCGUCGGCGGGCGGCCGGGUGGAGCGCGACCUGGCGCUGCUGACGCUCUCGGACCGCGAGCAGCGCCAGCUCUACGAGGCCGCCCGCGUCAUCCAGAGCGCCUUCCGCAAGUACAAGGGCCGGCGGCUGAAGGAGCAGCAGGAAAUGGCUGCGGCCGUGAUCCAGCGCUGCUACCGCAAGUACAAGCAGCUCACCUGGAUUGCUCUGAAGUACGCGCUGUACCAGCGGAUGACGCGGGCGGCCAUCCUGAUCCAGAGCAAGUUCCGCAGCUACUCGGAGCAGAAGAAGUUCCAGCGGCGCCGGCGGGCGGCCGUGCGCAUCCAGCAGUGCUACCGCAGCCACCGCGCCCAGCGCCAGGGCCCCCCCCGCGCCCCCCCCGCGCCCCCCCCGCCCCCCCGCCCCAGGGGCACCUUCCUCACCAAGAAGCAGGACCAGGCGGCGCGCAAGAUCAUGCAGUUCCUGCGGCGCUGCCGGCACCGGAUGAAGGAGCUGAAGCAGAGCAGAGAGCUGGAAAGUUUACAGAAGCAGGGCCUGGCCUCGUAACCCCCACGCCGGGGGCCCAGGCGUCCGGGGCUGCCCCCCCCCCCGCCCCGCACCAGGGACCCAGGCAUCCGGGGCCAUCGCCCCCCCCACAAGCAGCAUGGACCCAGGCGGCCGGGGACGUCACCGUGGGCCCAGGCGGCCGGGGCCAUCGCCCCCCCCACGGACCUGGCCUGCUGCACCAGGGACCCAGGCGUCCGGGGACGGUUCCCCCCCCCCCCCAGCAUGGACCCAGGCGUCCGGGGACGGUUCCCCCCCGCACCAUGGACCCAGGCGUCCGGGCCCCCCCCCGGCUUUGCCUUAUCUCUGGUGCCAAGCGCCCCCGUCCUGCUGCCGCCGGGGGUGGGGGGGUGGUUUGGGGGCCCGGACGCCUGGGCCCAUGGGGGCGGGGCCGCCCCCCCCCCCCGCUGCCUGUACAUACGCUGCCGCCGCGGCCCCGGCCGCCUUUGUACAAAUUUCCAUUAAAAACGACAAAACGGCAAA